CAAUGUCUGUAAAAAGUACCAAAGGAGGUCCAGACAGUCGACCAUCCUCUGCUGCCAGCGUAUCUCCUCGAGGAGGGAGGGCUGCAGCAGCUGGAAGCUCGCCCUCUAUGGGAAGAUUCAAAAACAAGGCCCUUCAGCUUAGCCUCUCCAAGAAAUUCUGCUCCAAGUCCUCCGCGGCCAAGGGGAAGGGGCCCGAGCAAGAGGAGAGCAAGCGGAAGAGUAAAAGGAGCCUCAGCAACAGCUCCAUGGUGGCAGCUGCCUACGUCUCCUACCUAAGUAAACUUUUUGGACAGGAGAGGGAGCUGGUGCCACUGGAGAUUGACGAGCUUCAAGAGGCCUUUAAGGAAUUCGAUUAUGACGCGGAUGGCUUCAUCCAUUACAAAGACAUCGCAGACUGCAUGAGAACCAUGGGCUACAUGCCUACGGAGAUGGAGCUGAUCGAGAUCAUCCAACAAAUCAAGAUGAAAUGGGGUGGUCAUGUAGACUUUGAUGAUUUCUGUGAGUUGAUGGGACCACGGAUGCUGGCUGAGACGGCUCAUAUGGUCGGGCUGAAAGAGCUCCGCAGCGCCUUCAAACAGUUCGACUCUGACGGAGACGGAAAGAUCACACUGGAAGAACUAAAGGAGGGCAUGAAGACCCUCCUCGGGGAGAAGUUGAAAAAAGGGGAGUUGGAGGAGAUCCUCGGUGACAUUGACCUCAACAAAGAUGGCAGCAUCGACUUUGAUGAGUUUGUCAUGAUGCUUUCUGCAAGAUGACCUCUGACGGGAAGAGGAGGGGAACUGGACGCAGGCGCCGAGCACAAGAUCGUCGACGGCCACCGGCUCCUUGCUUCGCUUUUAAUCUUUGGCUUUCUAUGUUGAUCUCUGUGUGACCAUCUCAGAAGCUGAGGUUGGGUAAGAGAAGUGGGUGAAGGGUGACUUAUGCAAUCCGUGUGCGUUUGUAACCAAAACGCUCUGAGGUUGCCCCCGUGUGGGCGAAAAAAUGUACAGCAAAUGUUCAUCAAA